AUGUGUAACUGCCUAGUGGGUUAUUUUGUGCUGGUGGUUGUGGGUGCUGGGUGGUUGUCCGGACGGCUUGCUAUUACGCUUGUCGUGUUUCUUGAGGUAAUUGAGAUUCUCGAUGCGCGGGUGCUGUCCAUUACAACACUUGCAGAUCGGGGGCUUUUCGCCAGUAGACUUUGUGCAGGUAGCGGUGGUGACAUCGGAAUUUUUUUCAAACGGGUUGAACUUUCUAUAGUUGGAGAAUCCUGA